AUCCCGAGUGCAGCUGGAUUCAGCCAGGACCCUGGGACCAUGGCCACCUCCUCAGUGUCCAAGGGAUGCUUUGUGUUUAGGCCAGACUUAAAGAAGAGAAAGGUCUCUGUGCCAAUAGAGGACUAUUUUGAUAAAGGGAAAAAUGAGUCUGAGGACAGUAAGCUUCGAUUCAAAACUUAUCAGUUGAUAUGGCAACAGAUGAAAUCUGAAACUGAGCAACUACAAGAAGAAUUAAAUAAAAACCUGUUUGACAGUCUAAUUGAAUUUCUGCAAAAGUCUUAUUCUGGGUUCCAGAAGAAUUCGAGAAAUUGGGGCUGUCAAAUAAAACUCAGAGAAAUUCCAACUGCUGCUCUUAUUCUUGGUGUGAAUGUCACAGAUCAUGACUUAACAUUCAGAAGCCUAACAGAAGCCCUUCAGAAUAAUGUCACACCAUAUGUAGUCUCAUUGCAAGCUAAAGAUUGUCCAGAUAUGAAACAUUUUUUGCAAAAGUUGGUCUCACAGUUGAUGGAUUGCUAUGUAGAUGUACAAUCCAAAGAGGAAGAAAGUGUUCAGGUCACCCAGAAAAAGACACAUUAUUCAAUGGAUUCACUUUCCAGUUGGUAUAUGACUGUUGCACAGAAGACAGACCCAAAAAUGCCAAGGAAAAAGCGGACUACUUCUAGCAAAUGGCAGUCUCCUCCUGUUGUGCUUAUUUUAAAGGAUAUGGAAAGCUUCACCACAAAAGUACUCCAAGACUUUAUAAUUAUCAGCAGUGAACAUUUGCAUGAAUUUCCACUAAUACUCAUUUUUGGAAUUGCCACAUCUCCUAUUAUCAUCCACCGGUUGCUUUCUCAUGCCGUAUCAUCUCUAUUGUGCAUCGAACUGUUCCAAUCUUUGCCUUGCAAGGAGCACCUGACUACAAUGCUUGAUAAGCUACUUCUUACAACUCAAUUUCCCUUUAAAAUAAGUGAAAAAGUGUUACAAGUUCUGACCAACAUUUUUUUGUAUCAUGAUUUCUCAAUUCAAAACUUUAUAAAAGGACUUCAGCUUUCUCUAUUAGAGCAUUUCUAUUCCCAACCCCUAAGUGUACUGUGCUGUAAUCUCCCAGAAGCCAAGAGAAGAGUAAAUUUUUUAUCAGAUAAUCAAUGUGAAAACAUCCGACGUCUUCCAUCUUUUAGGAGGUACGUGGAAAAGCAAGCUUCAGAAAAGCAGGUUGCACUAUUGACCAAUGAGAGAUUUUUGAAGGAAGAAACACAAUUGUUACUAGAAAACCUGCAUAUUUACCAUACAAAUUACUUCCUGGUUUUGAGAUAUCUUCAUAAGUUCACCUCUUCUCUACCCAAGUACCCACUGGGUAGACAGAUCGGAGAACUGUACUGCACAUGUUUAGAAAAGAACAUAUGGGAUUCAGAGGAGUAUGCAUCAGUCUUGCAGCUGCUGAGGAUGUUGGCAAAGGAUGAACUGAUGACCAUACUUCAGAAAUGUCUCAAGGUUUUUAAGUCCUCUUCUGAAAAGCAGCUUGGCAGCACAGCAAAGAGAAUACAGGAGUUCCUGGCCCAAUUUCAGAGCCUUGAUGCAGAUGCCAAAGAGGAAGAAGAUGCUUCUGGGUCACAGUCAAAGGGGCUUCCGAAAACAGACCUCUAUCAUCUUCAGAAGUCCUUAUUGGAAAUGAAGGAGUUAAGAAGAACAAGUAAGAAGCAAACCAAGUUUGAAGUACUCAGAGAAAAAGUUGUAAACUUCAUUGACUGUCUAGUGAGAGAAUACCUUCUGCCUCCUGAGACACAGCCUCUGCAUGAGGUGGCGUACUUCAGUGCUGCCCACACCCUUCGUGAGCACUUAAAUGCUGCUCCACGAAUCGCUCUCCACACUGCACUUAACAAUCCUUAUUAUUACCUAAAGAAUGAAGCACUGAAAAGUGAAGAAGGCUGCAUUCCAAAUAUUGCUCCAGACAUCUGCAUAGCAUAUAAACUGCACCUAGAGUGUAGCAGGCUAAUCAACCUUGUGGACUGGUCAGAGGCUUUUGCAACAGUUGUGACAGCUGCUGAAAAAAUGGAUGCAAAUUCUACAACCUCAGAAGAAAUGAAUGAAAUUAUCCAUGCUCGGUUUAUUAGAGCUGUUUCUGAACUAGAACUUUUAGGAUUUAUAAAACCUACCAAACAGAAGACUGACCAUGUGGCAAGACUCACUUGGGGAGGCUGCUAGAAAGCAAAUGAGUGAAACCAGAGGUAUCACAUUUAGCUUAAGGUAAAAAGCAGGCCAGUCAUUCAUUAUUUACAUACUGUUAGAGGAGAGACUGUUUUGGUGAGAAGAGAAAUGUAUGCAUUCCCAUGUGAUGUUUAACCAGAAAGUACACUGCUAACCCCAAAUGAGUGUUUGGGAGUACCUAUGGAGUACUUCAAAAUCCAAUAAACAACAUGCUUACGUUAUAAUAACCUUCUUUCACACAUCAUUGCCAUGCUUUUCACGAAAUCUUAAAUUAUGAGUAAAUCAUUCUUGAACAUAUACAAGGGUACUUCAAAAGGUUCAUGGAAAAAUGGAAUUAAAAUAUAAUACUAAUUGCUCUAUGAACUUUUUGAGACCCCUCAUAUAGUGUACAAAUGUAAUAAAUUCCUUU